UAUACAUGGCAUACCAGCAAGUUUGUUAUUUGCCCUAGCCGCAUAUUCACUAUAAAUAGAAGAAACCUUGUAGCAGCCCACGUUUAUUGCAAACAAAUAAGCGAAAAAAUUACUCAGUCUUUGUUCUCCAACUCCGCGGCGCAGAUCCGAGGAGUUCAUUCAGCAAGCUAAUCACCCUCGCAGCAAGUGUUUUCUCUUUUUGAUUAUAAGUAUGGCUUCGGCAACAGAAGGUUCACAGUUUGAUGCUCGACAAUUUGACGAAAAGAUGGAAUUGCUCCAAGUUGAUGGGCAGGAGUUCUUUACUUCUUAUGAUGAGGUUUAUGAUAGUUUCGAUGCUAUGCAGCUGCAGGAAAACCUUCUCAGAGGCAUUUAUGCCUAUGGUUUUGAGAAGCCCUCAGCCAUCCAGCAGAGGGGCAUAGUCCCUUUCUGCAAGGGCCUUGAUGUCAUUCAGCAGGCUCAGUCUGGAACUGGGAAAACCGCCACUUUCUGCUCGGGAAUUUUGCAACAGCUCGACUAUGGCCUGACUCAGUGCCAGGCCUUGGUUCUUGCUCCCACCAGAGAACUGGCUCAGCAGAUUGAGAAGGUCAUGCGGGCCCUAGGGGACUAUCUUGGUGUGAAGGUUCAUGCUUGUGUUGGUGGGACCAGCGUACGUGAGGACCAGAGGAUUCUUUCUGCUGGGGUUCAUGUUGUUGUGGGUACACCUGGCCGUGUGUUUGACAUGCUUAGGAGACAGUCACUUCGAGCUGACCACAUCAGGAUGUUUGUGCUGGAUGAGGCUGAUGAGAUGCUGUCUCGUGGUUUUAAGGAUCAGAUUUACGACAUAUUCCAGCUUCUGCCCGCCAAAGUCCAAGUCGGUGUCUUCUCCGCCACCAUGCCACCCGAGGCCCUCGAAAUCACCCGUAAGUUCAUGAACAAGCCCGUUCGCAUCCUGGUCAAACGUGACGAGUUGACCCUCGAGGGUAUCAAGCAAUUCUACGUGAACGUCGAGAAGGAGGAGUGGAAGCUCGAGACUUUGUGCGACCUUUACGAGACCUUAGCCAUCACACAAAGCGUGAUCUUCGUCAACACCCGAAGAAAGGUUGACUGGUUGACCGACAAGAUGAGGAGCCGAGACCACACAGUCUCGGCCACCCAUGGUGACAUGGACCAGAACACGCGUGACAUCAUCAUGCGCGAGUUUCGCUCGGGCUCGUCUAGAGUUCUCAUUACAACUGAUCUUUUGGCUCGUGGGAUUGAUGUUCAACAGGUGUCACUUGUGAUAAAUUAUGAUCUCCCAACACAGCCUGAGAACUAUCUGCACCGUAUUGGGAGAAGUGGGAGGUUCGGGAGGAAAGGUGUGGCAAUUAACUUCAUGACUAAGGAGGAUGAGAAAAUGCUUCACGACAUUCAGAAGUUUUACAAUGUGGUGGUUGAAGAGCUGCCGUCGAACGUGGCUGACCUGCUUUGAAUGGAUGGGGCUCGGGUUUUGUUUUUACUGUUCGGAAUUUCCUUUCUUUUAAAAGUGCUAGGCGGAUUUUUUAUUUUUUAUUUUUUAAGUUUUAUUAUGCAAAGAUUAUCGUGUUCGACUCAUUGUGAAGCUGGGAGCGUGCUUUUGCGCAGCGUUGAUCAGUGUUUCAGUUUUGGGUGGGGCAUGUUUAAGAUGCUGAUGCAAUUUUGUUCUGUAGGUACACUAGGUAUGUAAGGCAUAUUUGGAUAUUUUGCCCAAAUUUUUUGGUUGAAUUCUAAUCAAAUUAUUUUAAUGAAUGUGUG